AUGCCCAUCCCUCCCCAGCUGGAGUAUGGCUUCACUCUACACGUUGAUUUGGCUCCUCCUCUCGAUUUCGGUUCUACUAUCUCCAGAGACAGAAGAUCCAUCCCUAUUACCAGUAGCAGCAUAUCCAGGCCUAAGCCGAACGGCAAGAUCAUACCACACUCAGGUGGCGAUUGGAACGCCGUGCGUUCGGAUGGGGUGGUGCACAUUUAUGCACGAUACUCGAUCCAAGCCGAUGGCGGAACCAUGAUAGGCAUCAUCAACGAAGGCUACGGUCGAGCCAACCAGGAAACUAUGAAGACUGUGUUUAAAGACAAAGAUCCCUCCUCAGCGUCGGUGACGAACGUGGGCAAGGACUGGUACACACGCACCAGUCCUAAGUUUGAGCUUUCUACGGAUAACGAGGAAUUUCAGUGGUUGAUCAGCUCGGUGUUUUUGGGCGAUCUGAAACCUCCGACUCGGCAAGGAUAUGUAGAGAUUGAUGUAUAUCAGGUUUUAUAG